AUGGAGGCCGUACAGGGAAACCGAUCUUUCACUGGAACGACACCGUUUGGGGCUCCGGUUUCACGGUCACCGAGAAGUUGUCUCUCUUUUUGUCAUAACCAAGGACCCGUAUUUGCAGAAACUUCCAUACGAAGCAACCUCUUUGAUCGAACCCUAGAAUCAGCCUUUUCUGGUCUCACUGUGUCUACUCACAAGAAUCAAGAGUUAGAAGGCUAUCCGGGUCAUGUUGGUGGUGAAUUCUUGAAUGGGUCCGGGUAUGCGGUUGGUGGUGGGGUGGCAAGAACAGGGCAAGAGAGAAACAACGUUGCUUUGAGUGUGGGUUUUGAUGGGAUGAUGAAGGUUGGCCCAGAUAUUGAUAGUUGGGAUGCUUUCAUGUCUAGUUCGUAUCAACCCUCCAAUUUAAAUGGAAAUGGGUAUUUGCUUGAUUCAAGAAGAAAUGAACUUUUCAAUGAAUUCUCAAUAUUACCCUCUUCCAAUCAAAAUGGAUUCUUGGCCGGUGCUACUGCUGCUGCCGGUUGCUCAAGGGCUUCUUGUUCCGUAAGCAAGAAUGUAAUGAGAUCUAGUUUUAAUAAUCAUAGCAAUAAUAAUAAUAAUAAUAAUCAGACUAAUAAUAGUUUUAGGAUGCCUCAAUGGUUACAGGAGACUUUGAAUAGUUUGAGUCCAAGGGAUUUGAGUGGUAGGAUUGUGGCCUUAGCAAAAGAUCAAUAUGGUUGUAGGGUUUUACAGAGGGCUAUUGAUAAAGCUUCAAAGGAGGAAAUUGAUAUGAUUUUCAUGGAGGUUAUUGAUCAUGUUGGUGAGUUGAUGUUGGACCCUUUUGCAAAUUAUGUUGUUCAAAAAUUUUUGGAUUUGUGUAGUGAGGAACAGAAGAGUCAGAUUCUUUUAGUGGUUGUUAAGGAUGGUUUUCGACUUGUUAACAUUUGUCUCAAUGUUCAUGGGACUCGUGCUGUACAGAAAUUGUUGGAGAAACUUACUACUCAACAGCAAAUCUCGUUCGUUAUGUCAGCUCUAAGCCCUGGCACUGUUGAAUUGACCAAGGACAUGAAUGGUCAUCGUGUGAUCCAGUAUUGCUUGCAAAACUUCUCUGAAGAAGAUAAUAAGUAUAUUCUGAAUGAGGUGGCAGAUAACUGUUAUCAAAUUGCAACAAACAAAAGUGGUUGCUGUACACUGCAGCAAUGUGUUGAUCACUCCAAGGGAGAGGCAAGGGCACGGCUAGUUCGCGAGAUAAUAGCAAAUGCUCUACACCUAGCCAAAGACCAAUAUGGCAACUAUGUGGUGCAACAUAUACUGGGAUUGAAAGAGCCACAAAUAACAGAAAGUCUUCUGAGACAGCUUGAAGGGAAUUAUGCAUCUCUUUCCUGCAAUAGGUAUGGAAGCAAUGUUGUGGAGAAGUGCUUGGUCGAAUCAGGAGAACAUCAGUCUACAAGAAUUAUAAUGGAGUUGCUUAGAAGUCCACUCGUGUCAAGGCUUCUUGUUGAUCCUUUCGGAAACUAUGUUAUCCAAUCAGCUUUGACAGUGUCUAAGGGUUUUGUUUACCAAGCUUUGCUGAAUCUGGUGCGGGUAAACUCUCCAAUGAUGCGCAGCCAUGUUUAUGGAAGAUGGGUACUUGCCUGGUUCAACAAGAGAAAGCCGCUACACAUGUAAACUUAUAAAUUACAAAGUUAUAACAUGAAGAGAUACCCUAAUAAAAGCUUUUCACUACAAAUAGGUCUUAGGCAUCCAUAAGGAUACAAUUAGGAUUUUGUGUACUGAGUUGAUAACUGAUCUGAUGAGUCAUUCUGUAGGAUUAUUGUGGGUGUUUGUAGUUUGUAGUUUUUGCUGGCUGUCACAUGAAUUUAUCAGGAAUGUUACACUCAAUGUUGGGAUCUUGAAAGUUGCCAGGCCAUGGAUACUCUGCAGCUGGAUACAGGCUAACAUGAAGUUGAGGUACAAUCAUUCUUUAGGGGAUUUGAAAAGGGAAUACACCAUAUGUUAAGGUUUUCCUGCCUUUGUUGUCCUACACUGUAUGUUUAGCAUUUCCUUAAAAUUGAUUUACUUGGAGUUGUUUUAACUCCACUUUCUCAUUCUAGUGUUCUUGCAGCCUUCUAAUUUAUGAAUUUCAGCUGCAAUCAUGUUGUUGCACCAACUGCACUUAUAAAAUGGUCACUUGUGAAAAUCAUGU